GGAAGCGCAAUGAUCAUAUCCAGCAGGGGUCAGUGCGCGGGCGCGCUCUACUCAGCCGAUAUGCGCGCCCCACUGCUCCAGAAGCGUUUCCAUCGGACCGGUGCGGCAGUUCAGUGCGCAUCGGACAUCUCCACACUAUGCCAGCACUGUUUCAAGGGUGGACUCUUGGUGUAUUCUUGGUGCUAUGAAAUUGGUGCUGGGAAUGACUGAAAACCAGCAUUGAUCUGCAUCUGUAUGGUGUGAUAAUAACAACAUUUAAUUUGUGGAUUCUUCAUCUGGGCCAAACCAUGUUCAAUUUAAAAAAGACAAAAAAAGACAAAGAGAAGGAUGGAGCGAAAAAGGAGAAGAAGAAGGAUAAGAAAGAACGCAUGUCUCAGGAUGAGCUGAAAAAUUUAGAGGAAAUAAGUGUAAGGAGAGGUUUCUUCAACUUACAUCGUAGUAGUUCUAAACGGGAAUCAAAAGGAAAGAUGGAGAUAUCCAGCCCUAUUCCAAUCGUAGUAGUCAAAAGCGCAGAGCUCACCCUGACAGAUGGUGACUUUGGGAAGGUCAGUCAGGGUAACAUGAGUGCCGCAAGUUCCACCAAUGACAUUAAGUUGGAGCAAGACAGACAACCUUCAUCCAUCACAGAAAAUUUGGCCAGGCUCGGAACCCCAACGAAGCAAAAUUCCCAGGUCGGCCAAAUCCUAAAGCGUCUUUCUUUCACCCAAAAGAGCAAAGACGCAAGUCCAUCAGGAUCUCCUGCACCAUCACCUCAAAACUCUGCCAAUCCUUCACCUCACGUUGAGGUCAAAGUAUUUAACACACAGCUCCUAAAUACAUACAACCCAACUCCUCCUACUAAAAAGAUCCAGAUUCCUGAGAUAGUGGAGAAAACAUUCCCAGCAGACCUUCGCCUGCCCGCUUUGGCGGCCCGACAGGUGCCCACACCCAGAGAGUUGGAGCUUCAACGCCGCAACACGGGCGAUUUCGGCUUUUCUCUUCGCCGCACCACUGUGGUGGACCAGCAGCCCGAUGGGUCGCUGUAUCGAAGGGUGGUCCACUUUGCCGAACCUGGCACUGGGAAAAAGGACCCCACUUUGGGGUUGGUGCCAGGUGACCGUCUCGUAGAGAUCAAUGGACAGAAUGUGGAAAAUAAAAACAGAGAUGAGAUUGUGGAGAUGAUCAGGCAGUCUGGAGAGACGGUACGUCUGAAGGUUCAACCGAUCGUGGAGUUAAGUGAGCUAAGCCGCUGUUGGUUGAGGAACUCCAGAAGUCCGUACCGGGAAGUUUGCGAGGUGAAAACAGAAGAGCAGCUUCUGGCAGAGAAGGCCUGGUACAACACUGAGAAAGUCUGGCUAGUCCAUAAAGAUGGCUUCUCUUUGGCGACUCAAGUCAAGACGGACGCUGGGUCUCUUCCGGAGGGGAAAGUGAAGAUCAGACUGGAGCAUGAUGGGACGGUACUGGAGGUUGACGAGGAUGAUGUGGAGAAGGCGAAUCCUCUGUCAUAUGAUCGGGUGGAAGAUCUCUCCUCUCUUCUCUACCUCAACGAGUCCAGCAUCCUUCACAGUCUGCGUCAGCGCUACGGCGGAAACCUGAUUCACACCUAUGCCGGACCCAGCCUGCUGGUGAUCAACCCCCUCAGCACUCCUGCCAUGUACUCCGAGAAGGUGAUGCAAAUGUUUAAGGGUUGUCGGAAAGAAGAAACUGCUCCUCACAUCUUCGCUAUCGCCCAGUCUGCGUAUCGUCAGCUGUUGACAACGCGGCAAGAUCAAACCAUUGUGAUGCUGGGGAGGAGCGGCAGUGGAAAGUCUACCAGCUGCCAGCAUCUCCUGCAGUACCUGGUCAACGUCGCGGCCGGCAGUGGGAAGGUUUAUUCAGGUGAGAAAUGGCAGGCGGUCUACACGGCCCUGGAGGCGUUCGGAAACAGCAGCACGGCCAUGAAUGGGAACGCCAGUCGCUUUUCACACAUCGUUUCUCUGGACUUUGACCAGGCGGGGCAGGUGGCUUCUGCAUCCAUUCAGACCAUGUUGCUGGAAAAGUUCAGGGUGACCAGACGACCAGAGGGAGAAUCGAGUUUCAAUGUGUUUUACUAUCUGAUGGCGGGAGCAGAUGCAUCUUUAAAGACUGAACUUCACUUCAAUCACUUUGCUGAAAACAGUAUGUUUGGGCUUCACCCUCUCUCCAAGCCUGAGGAUAAGCAGAAAGCUGCUCAGCAAUUCACUAAGCUACAAGCUGCCAUGAAGGUCCUGGGCAUCUCCACUGAAGAGCAAAGAACUAUUUGGUUGAUCUUAGGUGCCAUAUACCAUCUGGGUGCUGCUGGUGCCACCAAAGCGGGCCGUAAGCAGUUCGCUCGACACGAGUGGGCGCAGAAAGCCUCGUAUCUCCUUGGCUGUUCGUUGGAAGAUCUCUCAUCCGCUAUCUUUAAACCACACGGCAAGGGCUCCCUGCCCCGUUCAUCCAGCUUGCGGCCAAGUUCAGAAGAUACGGAUAGCUCGGCAUCCAAAGCGACUGCAGCUGAAUGUUUAGAGUCCAUGGCGUCCGGUUUAUACUCUGAGCUUUUCACGCUCCUGGUGUCUCUUAUUAACAGAGCUCUGAAGUCAAGUCAACAUUCUCUGUGUUCCCUGCUCAUCGUGGACACUCCUGGAUUUCAGAACCCACGGCAGGUGAAGGACCGGCGCGGGGCCACAUUUGAAGAACUCUGUCACAAUUACACUCAGGAACGUCUGCAGAUGCUUUUCCAGGAGAGAACGUUCGUACAGGAGCUGGAGCGUUACAAAGAGGAAAACAUUGAGAUCACAUUGGAUGACUUGGAGCCCAGCCCAUCUCGAUCGGUAGCUGUGAUUGAUCAGUCCUCCAGUCAAGCUCUGAUGCGCACCCUGUCCCGGACAGAUGAGACGAGAGGUCUGUUCUGGCUGAUGGAGGAGGAGGUUUUGCAGCCGGGUGGUUCGGAGGACACAGUCUUGGAGAGACUCUUCAGUUACUACGGCCCUGCGGAAGGGGAAAGCAAAGGUCAAACAGUGCUGCUAAAGAGUGAAAAGUCGCAUCACUUCCUGCUAGGUCACACUCACGGGACCGAUUGGGUAGAAUACGACACGAGUGGUUGGCUUAACCUCGCCAAGCUAAACCCCAACCCUCAGAAUGCAGCCAGUCUCCUGCAGAACACCCAGAAAAAGAGCAUCAGUGCGAUGUUUGCGGGCCGCUCCAGCAGUGCUGCGGUUCUGACCGGUUCUAUCGCUGGACUGGAGGGCGUCUCUCAGCUUGCCAUGCGUCGGGCCACCGGCAUGAGGAAGACUUUUACUACCGGCAUGGCUGCUGUCAAGAAGAAAUCCCUCUGUCUUCAGAUUAAACUUCAAGUGGAUGCAUUGGUGGACACAGUGCGGAGAUCCAAAGUUCACUUCGUGCAUUGUCUCUUACCCCGAGCGGAGGCCCUGCGGGCACCAGGGUCCCCAGAGGGGCCGGGGGAAAGCGACCCUGGACUUGUGCAGUUGGAUGUAGCUCUGCUCCGAGCUCAGGUUCGUGGCUUCAAACUGCUGGACAGCUUGAGGAUUUAUAGGCAAGGUUAUCCUGAUCACAUGGUCUUCUCUGAGUUCAGGCGACGCUUCGAUGUUCUGGCCCCACACUUGACAAAGAAACUGGGUCGAAACUACAUCGUCAAGGAUGAGAAACGAGCAGUAGAGGAACUUUUGGAGUCUCUGGAACUGGAGAAGAGCAGCUAUCACAUGGGCUUAAGCAGGGUGUUUUUCAGGGCUGGAACGGUGGCUAAACUUGAAGCUCAGAGAGAUGAACACACCAGACAAAACAUAACACUCUUCCAGGCAGCCUGCAGGGGCUUUCUGUCCCGACAGGCCUUUAAAAAAAGAAAGAUCCAAGACCUAGCCAUCCGUUGCAUCCAGAAAAACAUAACUAAGAAUCGUGGUGUGAAGGGUUGGCCCUGGUGGAAGCUCUUCACCACCGUACGGCCUUUAGUGGAAGUUCAGCUCACCGAAGAACAGAUUCGAGGAAAAGACGAGGAAAUCAUGCAUCUGAAAUUGAAGUUAGAAAGGGUGGAGAAAGAAAGGAACGAGCUGCGACUGACCACGGAUCGUUUGGAGAGUAAAAUAACAGAGCUAACAGCAGAGCUGUCUGAUGAGAGGAACUCCGCAGAGUCUACAUCACAGCUGUUGGAAACGGAGACGAGCGAGAGACUGCGGCUAGAAAAGGACAUGAAGGAUAUGCAGGUGAAGUUUGACACUGUGAAGAAAGAGAUGGACUCCAUGGAGAUGGAGAUCAUGGAGGCCAGACUUUUCAGAGCAUCAGAGCUCAAUGGCGAGAUGGACGACGGUGAUGAUGAUUCUGGAGGUGAAUGGAGAUUGAGAUAUGAGCGUGCCAUCAGAGACAAUGAAUUCACAAAGAAAAAACUCAAGCAGGAGUUGGAUGACAAGCUAGAGACCGAACAACAGAACAAAAGACAUGUGGAUCGAAAAUUAACAGAGCUGCAGGCCGAUCAUGAGGAGUCUCAGCGAUCUGUCCAGCAGCUGAAGAAGAAAUGCCAGCGGUUGGCAGCUGAACUUCAGGACACCAAACUGCAUCUGGAAAAUCAAGAGGGACGCAACCAUGAACUGGAGAGAAAGCAGAGGAAGUUUGAUGUGGAGCAGAACCAGCUUAAUGAGGAACUACAGAGGGAGAAGAACCAGCGAGAGAAACUGAACCGAGAGCGAGACAUGCUGACCGGCGAGUUAUUUACAAUCAGACAACAGCUACAGGAUAAGGACACAGAGCUAUCCGCAGUCCUUCUGAAGGUGGAGCAACUGGAAUCCGAGAUCCAGGAUCUCUCCUCUCAGGAGUCCAAAGACGAGGCAUCGCUCGCAAAGGUUAAGAAACAACUGCGCGACCUGGAAGCAAAGGUCAAAGAUCAGGAGGAAGAGCUUGAUGAACAGGCCGGAACCAUUCAAAUGUUGGAGCAGGCUAAGCUUCGUUUGGAAAUGGAGAUGGAGCGAAUGAAACAAAAUCAUUCUAAGGAGCUUGACAGUAAAGAGGAAGAAGUGGAGGAGAUCAGACUGUCCUGCACCAAGAAGUUGAAGCAGAUGGAAGUGCAGUUGGAGGAAGAAUAUGACGACAAACAGAGAGUCCUGAGAGAAAAGAGAGAACUAGAGUCCAAACUGAUAGCGGCUCAGGAACAGGUUGGUCAUAAGGAUGUCGAGACCGAAAAACGUCUGAGGAAAGAUCUAAAGCGUACAAAGGUCCUGCUGGCUGACGCUCAGAUCAUGCUGGACCACAUGAAGAGUAACGUGCCCAGCAAAAGAGAAAUAUCCAUCCUUAAAAAUAAGCUGGAGGAGUCGGAGUUCGCCUGUGCGGCUGCUGUUAAAGCACGCAAGUCUAUAGAGCUGGAGAUCGAAGACCUUCACAUUCAAAUGGAUGACAUCUCUAAAUCCAAGAUGUCUCUGGAGGAGCAGGUGAGCCGUCUGCAGAGAGAAAAGAACGAUCUGCAAUCUCGUUUCGAGGAGGAUCAGGAGGACAUGAAUGAACUCAUGAAGAAACACAAAGCUGCAGUGGCUCAGUCUACAAGAGAUCUGGCACAAAUCAGUGACUUACAAGCCCAACUGGAGGAAGCCAUGAAGGAUAAACAAGAGAUCCAGGACAAGCUUCACUCCCUGCAGUCACAGCUUGAUUUUCAAGAACAGUCCAUGGUGGAAAAAUCGCUGGUCAGCCGACAGGAAGCCAAAAUCCGGGAAUUGGAAACCAAACUUGAAUACGAGAGGACCCAGACCAAACGUCUGGAGAGUCUGGUUACGAGGCUGAAGGAGAACCUAGAGAAGAUGACCGAGGAACGAGACCAGCGGAUCAACAGCGAGAACCGGGAGAAAGAGCAGAACAAGCGCAUGCAGCGGCAGGUCCGAGACGUAAAGGAGGAGAUGACCGAACUAUCUAAGAAAGAGUCAGAAGCCAGUCGCAAAAAACAUGAGCUGCAAAUGGAUAUCGAAAGUCUGGAAGCAGCCAAUCAGAGCCUUCAGGCAGAUCUAAAGUUGGCCUUUAAGCGGAUUGGGGACCUUCAGGCCGCCAUGGAAGAUGAAAUGGAAACAGAUGAUGAUGAGGAGCUCAUCAGCAGUUUACAAGACAUGGUGACAAAGUAUCAGAAAAGAAAGAACAAAACUGGUGAUGAUUCUGAUAUGGAUUCAGAAGUGGAAGACCGGGUGGAUGGAGUAAAAUCAUUGCUUACCAAGAACAAAGGAUCCACAAAGUCAGUUUUGGACGAGGGCAGCCUAAAGACCAGACACCCCAAUGCUGCUAAUGCAGAUGUCAAAGAUUUGAAAGAAGGUAGGGAAGGAAAAGAGGGUAAAGAGGAAGUAAAGAAAGAUUCAGAUGAGAGCCGCCCAGUUUCAGUGAUGAGCUCGCUUAGCUACAGGAAACGGUCUCAUCUGAAAGGUACGGGGGAUGAGAACUCCCUCUUCAGUGCCCUUCGGGAGCAGCCGGACGAUCCUGACCGUCUAUCGCUGCGCAAAGCUAGGAGCAAGUCCACCGACAGGUCUCAAGCUGGCGAUGAUGUAGAUGACCGUGGCUCUGUGAUCUCCCAGGCGUACUCAGAGGCCUCCAUCAGGGCCAGGAAAGGCCUGGAACGCCGCUGGACCAAAAGCAGUCCGGAAUUCGAUAAGGAGUCUACGAUGUCUUCAUUGGUCCCCGGAAGUCGAGCUUCCGUCCGUCGCGGGUUGGACCAAGAUGAGGAUGCCCGCUCAGGUGUGAGCGGCUUCAGUUUGCGACGUAGUACUUCGUGGAUGGACGACACUCGUAGUGAUUUCGGGCCAGCGGGUAGCAGUUUAAGCCAGCGAUCUAGAAGCCGGAGUCCCGGGAACACCAGCGUAAGUUCUCGGAUGUCUCUGGCCCGCAGCACCCGGCUUAGUGAAUUUGGAGUUCGUGUGAAUAACGAUGAUGAUGAUGACGUUGACUCUGUUAGCGUAGCAGCGUACAGUCCACACUCGCAUGUUCGAAGUAUGUCCACUCCCGCCCAGCUACGCUCCUCUGAGAGUCACCUGGACUCCUCCGACAUCAAACCUGUGAGUCAUCGCAACUAUCUGGACCCCGAUUUGGAAAAAGCCAUCAACGAAGUCCUAAGCUUCAAACCAAUCAAAUUUAAACGUCGCAGCCUGGAGGAUUCAGAUGAAGAAGAAGGUGGAGGUGUUGGAGAGACGGAAGACAGGAAGAACGUCAAGAGUUCGCUGCACGACAAGGACGAUGAAGAUGAAGACAUGGGCCGCAGUGGAUCCAGCCUAAGACGUUCUGCUGUGGAUUCUGGACGUUGCAGCAGCUCGAUAAGUUCCUUCAGCUCAAAGAGCAGCAGCAGCAAGAAGAAGAAGAAAAAGAAGAGCAGACGUUCAGAAUCUGAAAGCUCGUCUUCGGAAGGUCGUGGACGACGACGCUCCAAGCGCAAAGAAAAGAAAGGAUCCAGAAGCUCCAGGAAAGAAUCAGAAUCCUCCGAGUCAGAAUCCGAAUCAUCUUCAAGCUCGGCGUCAACAGUUUCAUAUCGCAGCUCGAAUAGCGUCAAGAGAACUCCAGGAAAGAAAACUCCAGAUGGAGAUCCUGACAGUCCUACGGAAGAACGGCCACCCAGUAAAAAAGAAUUAAAGAAACAAAAAAAGAAAGUGGACAGUGUGGUGAUGAAGUAUCUUUAUAAGGCUGACAGUGAUUGAGGGUCAUCAACAGCCCCCCUCAAUACAGAACACACAGACUGCAGGAAGAAGACAAUGCCAGAUUAAAUAACGACACAACAACGACUGAAGAAACUCUUCUUAAAGAUGGCCAACCUUCAGAAAGCUUGGCGUAGAUCUUAUGUUCUGGAAA